AUGGCGUCGUCGCGGGAAGACGUGACCCCGGAGGUGCUCCAGGAGGCCGAGGCGGAGGUGUUCCCCGACGGUUCAGGGAUCCGCAUCAAGGACUGGACGAUUAAAGCGCACAAGGAGCACAUCCUGGGCGACAAAGCGCUGCACGAGCUGAGCGACCGGCUGAGCCACCCCCCGAAGCUUCCCGAGAUCCUCUUCGGUGGCAGCUACCUCAGCCUCGUCCACGAGCCGACGGAAACGUCGUUCCAGUUCCGGGCGGCCGAGGCGCUGCAGGGGUGGCGCGAGGAGAACCUGCCGCCCGUCCAAGUGCCCGCCGCGCAGGAGUGGCAGCACCACCGCGAGCAGGAGAUCGCGGCGCAGCACCCCGUGCGCAUGAAGUACGACUGGACCUUCACCACGCCCUACAACGGCACCGCAGUGCGCUCCGGUAACGCCGACAGCGCAGCUGGCCCCGCUGUCGCGUUCGCCCCGACUGAGGCGCAGAUAGACCGGCGGAUGCUCAUGGAGCGCGACCCCAUCCUGUUCUACGCCGACGUGCCGCUGUACGAGAGCGAGCUGGACGACAGCGGCGUGUGCUCGCUGUCGGUCAAGGUCCGCGUGAUGCCGAAGUGCUGGUUCGUGCUCCUGCGGUUCUUCCUGCGCGUCGACGGCGUCCUCAUCCGCCUGCGCGAGACGCGCCUCUUCUGCAAACUCGAGGGCCCAGCGGUCGUGACGCGCGAGAUGAAGUGGCACGAGGGCACGAACGGGGAGCUGAAGAAGCUGGGGGCGCCGGUGCGGGCGGAGGCGUACGCCAACGGGGACGCGGCGGCGCAGUCGUUCUCCGCGAUAGCGCCGAACGGGGUCACGAGGUUCACGCUCGAGUCGGUGCGCCUCUAG